UGCAUAUAAGACCUUUUUGGAUCCUAAUACUGUUCUGCUACCUGGAUGUGGCAAUUGGGAAGUUUGUGAGGGAUUUCCAAUUAAUUUCAACUGUACCAGUCAACAGAUACCUGACCAGUUUGAAAAGGUGGACUUGGAGAACCAUUUCCUACAGAAUAAGGUAGAUCCCAAUAUUGUCCUUCAUGCCUCAGUUUCCAUUGGAAAGUGGAGUUUCUCAAGCAGUGAAGCAAGCAGCAGGAGUCAGACGGUGUCAUCGAUCCUGUGGCCUGAAGCCAGUGUGUGGCUGAUCACCAAGACUGGAAUGAUCCUGAGCCGAGCGAUAACUCAGGGCUGCCUGGCUAUUGGUCAUCCUAUCAGAGUCAAGGCCGCUGAGGGAACAUCACUGGAAGGAUAUAAAUUAAUGCUACAGAAAAGACGUAGUGGAGAUGAAUCUCAGAAGUGGGUGUUUGGAACUGAAGGUUGUAUUUAUUCAAAGGCUUAUCCUCAAUUUGUUCUGACCUACCUAGAGGAGCUAAAUGCUGAAGUAGAUGUAACCCAGACAGAGUAUCACAUUCACCAUGGUGCCUGGACCACAGCUCAUCAGGAACGUGGCAGAAACUUAGCAAAAGAGAUUCUGCAAGAAAGUGCCAGCAACCCUGGUCUGAAGCAACUGCCAGAACCCUCAGACACCCAUUUAAUGCCAGAAGGUUCUCUUGAGGAGACGGGGCAGCUGACAGUAGCACUGGUGAGGAAACUGGAAGAGAAACAUCCUAAGGCUUCUGCUCAGAGGUGGGCCAUAAAACAUGAAGGGACCAGUAAGCCAGGCCAGUGGAAACAUUCUAGAGUUGAAAAUCCUCUAUGGAACAAGCUUACCUACAUGUGGCCUGUCCUUCCCAGUGGCCAACUUAAUGAGGAGUUUGAUUGGCCAAUACAAGGACUGCUAAUUCCGAGCAGUCCUCCUAUGAAGAAACCCAUCUGUAAGACAACAGAGCCAUACACCCCUGUGCGACUCAGAGUUUUGCGGAAUGGAGACAAGAAUAAAAACAGAUCCCUUACUAUCCUUGGUCCAGACAUCUCACCUGGACGGAAAACGCAAAGUGUUAACACUGAAAAGAAAGAGAAAAUCUGUGUCACUAAAUAUUCUGAAACAGAAAUGGACCAGAUAGAAUUUCACCAAUUUUUGGAAAGGUGCACUGAGAUUUUAAAUUUACCUUCUGCAGCUCGGAGAUUGUUCAAUGAAAAGGGGAAGGAAAUAUUUGCCUUAAAAGACUUGCAAAGAGAUGAACUGGUGUAUGUUUCAUGUGGAGAACAUUGGAUCAAUCCUGACCUGUUCAUUGCUAAGCAAAAGAAACAAAUCUUCCUGAGGAACCUAGUAUCAGACAUUUCCAAAAUUCAAAUCUUCUGCAGCACACGUAAAAUAGAAGCUCUUGUUUUAGAAGUCCAAAAUGACAUUGUAUCUGGAAGCAAGCUUGUGGUGCAUAAACCUAUAGCAGUUUUUGGAGAUGAGAAGCAGGUUGCAGAACCAGAAGAAAAGCAAGUGCAAAAAGAUACUUUAACAACAGAAAAUGCUUCUAGUGAAAUUCUAGAUUCGCACGCCAGAGCCCAUCUUCGAAUGAAGGCUUGUGACACACUUCUCAGGUAUGCCUGGCAGGAAACUUUGCAUGAAUUUGAUGAGGAUGAUGACAGUCUUCCAAAGAAAAUGGAAAAAGGGCUCUUUGAAAAUGUGGAACCACAGAAGAAAUACAGCUGUUCACCAAAGCAUAGUAAAUUGCACAAGCUUUGCCAUCAGCAGUUCGAAUACAGAGAUGGGCAGAUUAUAAGCCAUGCUGCUCCUCAGCUAGUCUUGGGUGUUCACGGUCCCAAUCUCCGGUCAGGCAUGGAGGUGGUUUUGAUGGAGAAGAAAUCUGAUAGUAGUCAUCAGCGCUGGAUACACAAGGAAGACAGCAGGACUUUUCACCUGGUGAGUAACCCUGACCUUGUGCUGGCAGUGUCUAUGACCAAGACUAGAAAUGAAGUUUGUGGCUAUCCAGUUAUUGUCCAGAAAUACAAGCCAUACAGCAAUGGAACUGCCAAUCAAAAGUGGCAUUACAUGAAAAAUAUAAAAGCACUUGGGGCCUUUCAUAGCACUGCCUUGGAUAAGGAAAUCACAUCAGCAAAUUAUGCUGGUGUUUGUACAUCAUCUGUAAUUAAAGAAGAAAACAUUGAUCAACCAGGAUACUAUUAUCUCUCACCCGAUGGAAAGAGAAAAACGAUGCUCUGCUUGGCUUGUGGACAAUCCAUGAGAACAGAGAAGGGACUGAAACAAUUGCUUCCAGGGGUUACAUUCCUCUGUGCUUCAGGCUCCAAGACCCAAAAGCCCUCCUUACAAGGGCCGUUCAAGGUCAUCAAUGUGGCUGAGGUUGAUUUAUCAUGUGACGAGGCUGAAAAAACUCUAAGUUAUUACCAAGCACAUCUAUUGUCUUUACGGAUGAAGACCUGCACACAAGCUGCAUCUCACAGUGGCAUAGCAGCCAUGCACCAGAAGGCAGUGAAAAUAAUUGCAUACAAAAAUGGGGAUGGAUAUCAUAAUGGGAAGUUAAUUGUGGCUGGAACAUUCCCCAUGCUUCUUACAGAAUGCACGGAGCAACUUGGGCUUUCCAGAGCAGCCUCCAAAGUAUAUACCAAAGAUGGAACCCCAAUCUUUACCUUGCGUGACUUGGUUUUAUGGGCUCUAGAUGAAUCCUUUCUCCAGAGAGACUCCGAGAAACAAAAGCAAGAUGUGGCUUCUGUUGGAAAAGAACAGAUAAUGGUUGGAAUUAUGGAAGAACACCCAAGAAUGAAAGUGAAAAACAAAUUAUUUCCAAAAUCUGUGACGUCUGAUAGUUUGGGUGAUAUAGAUGAGUCUUUGCUUACCCUCAUUCUCAGAAAUCCUAUUGCCAUCUGGGUAUCUUGUGGUGAACCAUUUCUACCUCCAAACGCUUUGCAGAAAGCAAAAAAAAUACAGAAACAGAACUGGCUAAAAAAGCACAGAAUUUUGGCUGAUCUAAACACCAUGAGACACAAAAUGAGACAGUUAAAAGGGCGGCGAGUAGUGGCAUGUCAGCCUGCCACCAUGGUUCCUACCAAAAGCCCUGUGCAGCCCGUGGUGGUUGAAGGAGGAUGGACCGAAAAGACUCAAGAGGAAAUUAAACUCAUGGAACUUAUGAGACAUACAGAGGCUCACCUUUCUGAAGUUCAAGAAAUGGAAUCCAAAAGAAAUUUUCCAAUUGCAACUAAACAUAUAGCAGUCAAGCCAAGCAGCCUGUAUAAGCAGCCCAACACAAAACGAGUGUGGAUUUAUCUAAAUGGAGGCAGACCUGAAGAUGGCACUUAUGCCUGGGGCAAAACUAUUUCAGAGCUGCUGGAAGACUGCUCCUCUCGUCUCAAAAUGACCCACCCAGCCAGAGCACUGUACACUCCGAAUGGUGAGCCAAUUCAGUCCUGGAAUGACAUAGAGAGAGAUAUGGUCAUCUGUGUGUCUAUGGGACAUGGUUUCAGAACCCCAAAAGAGUUAAAGCAAUUGAUGGAAAUCAGAGCAAAUUAUACCAGAAUCCGAAGGCAGCAGGGCCCUCAAGCCACAGACAUUGUGGUGUCGCCAUCCACGAAGCUGCUGUCUCUGGCACAUCUCCACAAUUAACUCCUAUCAGAACCAUCAUUUUCUGCUAUAUUUUGCUGGAAAGAAAAACUUUCUUCACCUGCUUAUAAACGGAAGACUGUGACAGGAAGGUCAAUUAUUUAGAUCACUGAAGACUCUAAGUUUGGCAAAUCUAAAUAAGAAUCCUGCGUGGUUUAUUUACAAAUUUAGUCAUAAAAUUUAUCCUUCAAAAAAACUCAGUUUUUUUCAAUGGGCAUAUUUUGAAGAAUGAACAUUGACAAAUCAGACAAUAUAUCCAUAAAUUCAUAGUAAGACAUACCAUAAUCCAGAACAUCGUUAGCCAUGGACAUUUUGUAUGCUAGUGAAAUCUGUAUACAUUCUCAAGAUUUUUCUAGUUUAUAAUGUGGCCUCUUGGAAAAAAAAUGCGUAUGUGUUGAAUGCAUGUUUUGUCUCCCCAACAAGAUGAUAGGUGCCUAGGCAGGGAGACUCUUGGUUUUAUUUAGUUGGAUAGAGCUCUAUCCACAAAGGCUCAUUGAUAAAACUCAUCAGUCCCACCCCACAGAAACAUGUUGGGGACACGGGGUUCAAUCCUUGUACUCUUGACCUGGGCCACAAACCGAAAUUACAACAGUAAAAUGGGAAUAGAGGAUCUGCUUUGUAGAAUUUCAUUUCAGUCAGCUGUUCAGGAACUACAAUCCUCAGAGUCAAAUUAAGUGGAGUUAUACUUGGAAAGUUCAUUCUGCUUUUCAGAG